AUGAAUGUUGGUAGAGUUGGUACGACUGACGUUCUUUCUCAGUUUCCGUUCUUUAGCGUGUCUUGUGUGUAGGGUUUGGAGUCUAGGAUCUGAUUUAUUAACAUUUCCAAAGUAAGUAUUCAAAUUCAAGUUAUGUUAUAAUAAUUUUGAGUUCUCUCUUUUAUUAUUACCACUUAGGUAUUUUGUGGAUGUACAAAGUUAUAUUUCGAUAACUUCGUCAUGGCUAACCGCGUUCAUAAUUACCGAGUUCAGAGGUUGCCCACGUUGUAGUUUUUGGUGUUAUUGUCUCAUUCAGUUUAUUUAAUAGAAUAUUAGUAAAUUUCCUCUUUCCAAAUGUUUUUUAAUAAUUCAACUCAGUAAAUUUUCCAAUUUUUUACCCGUUUGCAAAAUUGUAAAAAUUAGGUUAGAACAGGUGAACAGCUCGCAGCACCGCAUUGAGCAUAUGGGUGACGAAAAUUGGGAUGACGAUCCAGUUCCAAUGCAGACUGAGACAGUGGCACUUCCGGCCCCCGCUGAUAUUCCAGAAAUCAAGCUUUUUGGACGAUGGAGUUGUGAUGAUGUGCAAGUGUGGGACAUGUCCCUCCAGGACUACAUUGCAGUGAAAGAGAAGAACGCCAAGUUCCUGCCUCACUCGGCUGGCAGGUAUGCGGCGAAGAGGUUCCGGAAGGCGCAGUGCCCGAUCGUCGAGCGACUCACCAACUCGCUCAUGAUGCACGGCCGAAACAACGCCAAGAAACUCAUGGCUGUCCGCAUCGUCAAACAUGCCUUCGAAAUCAUCCAUCUUUUCACUGGUGAAAAUCCUCUGCAGGUGCUGGUGUCAGCCAUCAUGAACUCGGGACCCAGGGAAGACUCGACCCGUAUUGGUCGCGCUGGUACCGUCAGGCGACAGGCUGUUGAUGUCUCACCCUUGCGUCGUGUCAACCAGGCAAUCUGGUUGUUGUGCACUGGUGCUCGUGAAGCUGCUUUCAGAAACAUCAAGACGAUAGCCGAAUGUGUGGCUGAUGAACUCAUCAACGCUGCCAAGGGAUCGUCCAACUCCUACGCUAUCAAGAAGAAGGAUGAACUGGAACGUGUUGCUAAGUCCAACCGUUGAAAAUCCAAAUUUUUAUCAUGUAUUAUUAAAAACAUUUUUUGGAAAGU